AUGAUGAAGGCCGGGCGCGACGGCGCCGAGGCCGCCGUGGCCGUGCUCUGGGCGGUCUGCCACCGGUACUGGGACCGCCGGGCGGCGGACGCGGCUGCGGUGGCCGAGGGCGGGAUCACGAUGCUGCUCCUGCUGAUGCAUAGCGGGUGCUCGGCGGCGGCGAGGCAGAUGGCGCUGGCGCUGCUCAAGAUAUACAGGGUGAACGCCAAGAGCUGCCUCGCCGGCUACGACUCCAAGACCACCCACAUCAUGCCGUUCUGA